AUGUUCUGCAGAGUAGUGUCUGUUAUACUCUUUACUGUUUUGUUUUCAAAUCUCGGUGAGUUAUUGCAGAUGGCUAUAAACUUUGAUAAUAUAAUAGUAAUAAAUAUUUUCAAAUUUUUCAAUAUUAAUGAAAAUUUUCAAAUUUUUUUUUGGAAAUAGGGCUUCGGUUUUCUUCAAACUUUGCAUAGAUAAUCUAAAUAGUCCACAAAUCAAUCCCUAAAAAUUUUAGCUUGCCCUUUUCAGCGGCAGCUGAGAUAUUCUAAAAUCUUUUUUGCGAGAGAGCACGCAAAAUGAAGAGAGUCGGCCAGACAAAAAAAAAGUUUUUUUCCCAAAGCCUUUUUGUUUCGGGAUGGCAGAGAUUAAUUUUUUUGUAGAAAAGUUUUAUAUGACACUUGAAUUAAGCCUUUUUUUAAGCAAAAUAUGCAAAAAAAUUUUUUUUUUUUGAUGGAAUUUUCUAUCAAAUUUUUAGCUGAUGACUAUAAAAUACGGACCAAAUUUUUUGCAUUUAAUAUUCUAAAAUUCCAAUCUAAAUUUACGCCAAGUUUCAUCAAAAUCUGAGAGCUUGCGCCAUCCGAGGGAAACACUUGACCCAAGCAGAAACACUUGACCCAACUGGGUCAAGUCUCCCCCUUGUUUAAUGUAAUCGUUAAAAAAGUUUUUCAACACAUGUAACAGUGAUUUUCAGUCAUUUCCACUCCAAUUCGUCAAGAAUCCAGCGAAAUCCAGGGGAUCGAAAAGUCGUUGGCCUUCGACAUUGGUGCUCCAGCCAAAGAAGAUAAAGCCGACCAAAGCGAAGGCAAAGUCGGGUCCAUCUGGCGACUGGGAAAGCGGCAAUCCGGCUUUGGAAACAGCCUGGCCGAGAAGUUGGAGAAGUUUAAAGCUCAGAAAGCGGCCGAGAAACCGAGCCUCAUUCCGCUUCCCGCGGCCACAGUCGACCCCAAAGUCAAACUUCCCGCGAUUCCCAACAAAAGCGAAAAGCUUGGGACCACGUUGAUCGACAAAACCGGGACACUCGGGCAAAAUUUGGGCGACGACGGAGAAGCGGAGCUCGAAAAGGAGAGGAAAAAGAAGUUUCGGGCGACUUUGAAGAAGAUCUUGAAGAACAAGGGUUCUUCUGACGAAUUUGAGGCUCCUCCUGGCUUCUAUGAGAAGGAGAAGAAGCCAGAAGUCAAGACCGAAGAGAAGAAACGAGAGGAAGUUAAAAUUAAGAACCUUGUGGACAGCGACAAAACUGUUGAGGUCCCAGAAAACAAGGAGAUAGUCGUUGUGGACAAUGAGACUGGGAAUGGAACAAAACUCGAGAAGACCAAGAGCCCAAAUCUUGCGGAAAGCUCGUUGGAAAGUCGUGUAAAAGAGAUCCUGAAAAAAGAGGAGGUAGGUAAAGUUUAAUACUUUAAAAAGGUUCAAAUUUCGCAAGCAAAACUCAACGAAUUAAGUCUAGUCGACGCUAAAGAGCCCUUAUAAUCGUUGUACUUUCUCAAAAUUUCAAUUUUAAAUUCAUGCUUUUGUCAGCAUUAAAUUUGUUAUAUUGUACUUGCAGAUCCCCGCAAAAGUUGAUGAAAUCAUCCCUAUUGCCCGCUCAGAGUCCUGGGGAACUGAAACACCAAAGAUUGGACAGGAGACUGAAGCUCCGAAGAAGCUAGAGACUCCUCCAGUCCUUCCUCUAAACACUGAACCAAAGCCAACACAAAAAGCUACAGUACCCGAGGUGGAGAAGAAUCCUUGGUCCGCCUUCUUGGAUCAACUGCUACAGAAUACUAAACGAUCAACGGAAACUGCGCCAGGCCAGCAGGGUCAGCGUCCUGGCUUCUCUUUCAGCCUGUUCUUCUGA